CGACGUUUGUUUCUAAUGCUUAACACUCAGUUAAGUUUUCUUCUUGUGAAUAUUGCAUACAAUUAGCGUGUGAAAAAGCAUAAUGGAGAAGAUAAAAUGUAAGGAAGUGGGUGGAAUACGCACGUUAUCGAUGUUCUCUUACGAAGCAAUUUUAUCUGGAAUGAAUUAUAAAGCGAAACCUGGAGAUUUAUUUAUUGUUAGUUAUCCAAAAUGUGGUACAACUUGGAUGCAUUAUAUAGUCAAGUUAAUACACGGAAAAGGUAAAAUAUCGGAAGAUCCUUUGAAUUUCUUAAUAGGUUGUCCACAUUUAGAAAUUAUUGGAGGAGAAUACAUAGAAAUGGCAAAGCCGAAAAUCAUGAAGACACACUUACCAUUUUCUUCUAUUCCCUUUUCUCCACAUUCUAAAUAUAUUUAUAUAAUUAGAAACCCUAGAGAUUGCUGCGUUUCAUUUUAUCAUUUUAUGAAAUUACUUCCAUAUCCCGAAUUAAGUUUUCAAGAAUUUCUUGAAGCAUUUCUUCAAGGUAAUUUACCGUACGGCGAUUAUUUCGAUCACCUUCUUGGAUGGUACGAACAUAAAAAUGACAGCAACGUUCAAUUUGUAACAUACGAAGAUCUCAAGAAAGAUAUUAAGGGAGAAAUAUUGAAAAUAGCCAAAUUUAUGGGAGAAGAAUACGAAAAAAGUAUUUCGAAUGAUCCAACAAUAUUAGAAAAUAUUAUUCAUUACAGCAGCUUCGAUUAUAUGAAGGAAAGCAGCAAGAAUAACAUUGAUGUAAUUUUUGAAAAUGACAAAACAUGGCUAGAAAAGAAAAAUCUACCUCCAGAGAUACUUAUUAUUUACUCGGUAAUGUAG